AUGGCCGACCGAAUACCACCCGAGAACGUCCUCUCCGGCGCCUACCUCAGUCGAGUUAUGGUAGCCUCAUUGCCCACCGAUGUCUCGCCCCACCUCAAAACGCCGGCCGAUGCAAUCGCACUCGGAACACAUGCUUCCAUGCUCGCCGUUGGUUUCCGAUUAGUUGGCCUAGGUGAAGACCAUCGCAUCGAAGCGCAAUCCGAUUCCAAAGAAACUCAGCCACUUCCCUCGGAAUGGAAUGCGCAAAAUGGAGGCUAUGCAUUCAGAUACAAGCAUCAGCAAAGCAGCAUGGAGUUUCUGGUCAAGAUCAGCCGGAUGGGAAGCAAAAUCGUCGUGAAUGCGAUGGGCCUGGGAGAUGACAGAACAUGCACAUUCGACCUCAAAGCGACGGAUUUUGUGUCAGAAGGCAACCUGCCACUCACAAUCGAAGGCACAAACAAGGAUGAGGCGGAUAAGAAAGUGAUUGAUACCUUCAUCUCUGUUGGCCGACUCAGUGAUUUGGGGAGUCUCAUGCGUGUUAAGCUCAUUCAGAAGCUCGUCCCGUCGCUCAACAAGGAGGGCUACGAGGAAGAGCAAGAAACGUCAUCAUCGAGCACACGAGAACCUGCCCCGGGACGGGAAGACAACAGACCACGUCGAGACCCAUUACGUGAGGAUCGCGACCCGCUCGCACAACCAUAUCCACUACAUGAUCCUCUCGCUCAGCCUCGACGACCUCGGGGUCCCCUACCGGAGCCCAUUCCUGGUUUUGAAGACGAGUUCGAGGUCCAACGCCCGCCCAGAGGCAUCGGACAACCAGGAGGCUAUCCGCGCAUUGGCGAUAGAGAUCUCUAUCCACAAGGACUGGGUCCAAAUGAUCCGUUCCGAGGCGGCAUGGGGCCUGGUUUUGGUGGUGGUAUGGGAGGAGGCGGAAUGCAUCCUACGUUUGACGACCCACUCUUCGCGGGACAGGGUGGAAGAGGUGGCGGCUAUGAUCCACAAGCACCGCCAGGGAGUCGCUUCGAUCCUCCGUUUGGACCUGGUGGGCCGGGAGGCGGGCAUCCUCGCGGUGCUGGGAUGGGAGGACGUCCUCCAAAUCCGUUUGGGGGAUUCGGUGGUGGAGACUUCAUCUGA